UCGCGAUUUAGGCCAAGCAAGUCAAUCAGAAACCAACGAAAAUGGCCCACCAAUUGAGCAUCCUUUGCUGCGCACUCCUGGGCGUGGCUGCUGCUAGCUACAUCCCUCAUGGCGGAUAUAAUCACGGACACGGAGUGGGCUACAGCAUCCACACGCAUCACGAGGCACCCAAGCAGUGGCACGAUCACCUCCAGGGUCACCACCAAUGGGUGGAGGCUCCAAAGGCCCACUCUUGGGGCACAGUUCAGGAUCACCACCACCAGCAGUGGGCACCAGUCGCUUCGCACGACAGUCACAACCAGUGGAGCCACCACGAGGAGCCCCAUCACCACCCCAAAUACGAAUUUAACUACGGAGUGAAGGACACCAAGACCGGAGACAUCAAGCAGCAGUGGGAGACCCGGGAUGGCGACAAGGUCAAGGGAGGCUACACCAUGAAGGAGGCUGAUGGACGCACCAGGAUCGUUGAGUACACUGCCGACGCCCACAACGGAUUCCAAGCAACUGUGAAGCAUGUGGGCCACGCCAGUCCUUUGGAGCACAGCCACGCACAUGGACAUGGACAUGGCCAGGAGUACGGACAUGGACAUGGUCACGCCACAAGCUACGUGGAUGUCAAACAGGACACCAGCAGCAAGUGGGAGGACAAGAGCGGCAAGUGGUGGUAAAGGAGCUAAACAAACUGACUGACUGCAAGCGAAUCGGACCGGCUUCAUUAUUGUAAAUAAUAACUUCAAAAUUGUUAACUUAAAUUGUAGGUAAAUAAAUCAAAGUGCAGAAAAAAGCUACAUAUCCAA